UGUGAACAGUGACAGGCGAAACUGGAGAGUGAAAAGCAGCGAGCUGUUGAAAAGUUAAAAGUACAGUUUAAUGUACAACCCAGAGACGAUCAAAUAAGCGAAAGAUUUUCUGAACAUGACAUCUAUCUCAGAGGACAGUGAUAAGGAGAAGGUGCGCUCUGUGUCAGUCGACUUGAACAAUGAUGCAUCUCUCGUAAUUGAUAUCCCUGAUGCCCUCUGUGAACGUGACAAAGUCAAAUUUACCGUCCACACCAAGACCACGCUUAGUUCCUUUCAGAAGCCGGAAUUUUCUGUGCCACGACAGCAUGAAGAAUUCAUCUGGCUUCAUGACACAAUCGUGGAGACUGAGGAAUAUGCUGGCCUCAUUAUUCCUCCUGCCCCACCAAAACCUGACUUUGAGGGUCCCCGGGAGAAGAUGCAUAAAUUGGGAGAGGGGGAAUCGAGCAUGACAAAGGAGGAAUAUGCCAAAAUGAAGCAGGAACUUGAGGCGGAAUAUCUUGCUGUUUUUAAGAAGACUGUGCAGGUUCAUGAAGUUUUUCUUCAGAGACUCUCUUCCCACCCCAUCUUCAGAAAGGACAGAAACUUCCAGAUAUUCCUGGAAUACGACCAGGAUCUCAGCGUGAGGAGGAAAAAUGCCAAGGAAAUGUUUGGAGGGUUCUUUAAGAACAUGGUAAAGAGUGCUGAUGAGGUCCUCAUCUCAGGAGUCAAGGAGGUUGAUGAGUUUUUUGAACAGGAGAAGACUUUUCUGUUGGAUUAUUCCAGUAAAAUCAAAGAUGCCACUGCUAAGGCUGAGAAAAUGACGCGUUCACACAAAAAUGUUGCUGAUGAUUAUAACCACAUUUCUGGGGCUCUGAACAGCACUGCUGCAGACAACAACACUGCCUUUAAAAAGUGAGAAAUAUAUUAUUUGCAGUAAAAACACCAUUUAGCGAAGGACAGUAAUAAAUGCAUGAUUUGUUAAAGGGCAUAC